AUGUCCAGUCUCUCUGAGACCAUCUACGGCAACGGCGACGGACGCCGUGUCACCGAAAUCAACUGCGUCUUCCCCAUUUCCGGCACCUACGGCCUCCUUCCUCGUCUCGUCUACUAUGUCACCUUGGUUUUCGCCAUCUUUGGUCGCAGGACCGAAUGGCUCAUCAUUGGCGCCCUCGUCAGCGCACUCACAUACGCGGGCACCUCGGCGGUUCAUCUCAUCGCGCUUGUGACGAGCAAAGCAGGAGUCUUCGACUUGGACAUCAUGGCCGCAUGGGCGGUGUUGUCUACCGGGGCCCUCGCCUAUAUUGGUAUUAUUCACUGGAGUUCCGCCCUGAGAGGGACGCGCGCCCGGGUCGUCAUGGUUUGUUGGGGUUGUCUGGUCGGCAUCAGCUUGAUCUUUGGAAGGGCGGAACUGUUCGAUACGCCGCUCGACCCGCCGGAACCCGCCUGUUAUUCUCCACAGGGGAUGCUGUUGGAGUAUCCCAUACAGAAAUUGACGAACCCGGAUUUUGCGAAUUGCAGCUACCAGUGCUUUAACAUCACGAAGCCGAUGAGACAGCUCUCCGAAGUCAUGGCCAUACCCCACAGCAUCCUGGAUAACUCACAAUACAGGACGCUCACGUAUGUUUUGGUCGGACCGAUCCAGUUUGCAGCCUACGCGGCGCUCAGUAUGGACAUGCAGGAACAUACCCCAUCGAACCUGUGCACGAGAUUAGUCAUGAGCUACCUGAUCCAUCCGGGCCACCGAGAACAAUUUACAAAAGCGAUUUACAAGGCGAGCAUGGAACGGUGGUAUGGUGGAUACUUUGCACUGCUCGGCUACGUACAUCGGGCGCGGUGGUCGUUGAGGAAAUUGGCGCUGUCUUCAUUCCUCAUUCCAUGGCUAAUGCUGGGGCUGGCCAUCGACAUUCUGUGUUUGCCGCUCAUGGUGUGUAAUAUUGUGGUGAAUGAAGUCACUUUGCUGCGAGGGGGCUUGCCGUCGAAUGAGGCGAAUAUUGCAAUCGGGCAGUGGGGGACAAUUGUGAACGCGGCGCUUGUCUUGAUAGCUGCCUGUAUUAAUAGGGGACUAGAGAUAUGGGAGAGACGCAAAAAGACGAAAGAGUUGGCCAGUGUCGCGGAUAGCGUUGUGACUGUGGUCCCAGAGGACGUUGAAAGAGCCAUGGCAGACGGCGGACAGGAAGUCGGAGUGGUCAAACCCAAGCUCGCCCACGUACAGACUCUGCAGGAUCUGGAAGAUGUCAUGAAACGGCCAAAGUGA